CAGCAACUUCAAGGAGACCCCUCUUAAAGAGGACAGUUGGCUUUCCCUUAUAGUGCACUCUUGGAAGUAUAGAGUCAAGUCUCCAAUUUCAGAAAUUUUUGGAGUUCAGGUGGUCAGACUCACUUCAUGCAGUGGGGGCUGCUCUUAUGAAAAUGUGUCGUGUAGGGACAUUGACUUCAUUACCACAAUUUUUAUACCUGAGUGCGAGAGCAUUGCCUUGAGUGAUUGUCUUAGGAGUCACUGCAAGGAAAAUUUUUUGACGGAUUCUAAGUGUGACUUUUGUAAAAAAGUGGGCACACUUCGUACCACACUUUUGUUUGGCAGAGUGCCAAAAGUUUUUGUAAUUCAACUUGGAAGCAAUCUGAUUUAGAACCAGCUCCCUCCCCUAAAAAAGCAAAGGUCUCAUCUCAGUGGUUGCCUGACAUCCAUGAGGACUUAGGCUGCAUGCCUCUGAAUACAUCCUUUUCAAGUAGUGACUCCAGAGAAAAAAGUCCCAAGAAGAGGCCGGGGAGAAGCAAGUUCACUGUAUCUCCACUUAUUGUUAAACGUACUAAAAGAAAUAAGACAACAUCAAAUCAGUCCUCCCAUGAUUAUAAUGUGAGGACUCAAAUAAGCAACAUCAAUGGCAACCCAAAUAAUGAGGCUAGGUCUGGGCAGCAGACCUUGCCCUCCGUUCCUCCAGUUGUCAUUCAACGUAAGAGAAGAGAAAAGACUACUUCAAAUCAGUCCUCCCAUGAUUAUAAUGUGAGGACUCAAAUCAGCAGCAUUAAUUGCAACACAAAUAAUGCGGCUAGGACUGUGCAGCAGAGCGUUCCUCCAGUUGUCAUUCAACGUGCCAGAAGAGAAAAGACCGCAUCAAAUCAGUCCUCCCACGAUUACAAUGUGAGGUCUCAAAUCAACAACAUUGACAACAAGAAAGAGUCUUCAUUUGUGUUAUUGAGUCCAGCUCACUUGGGAAAAGUGAGUGAAUUUGCAGAUGUACUUGACCCCCCUGAAGAAAAGACUUUCUAUUUUGUUGAAGAGGGAGACCCAGCUGGGUCUAAUCUCUUUGGGGACGACAUUCCAGAGGAAGGACAGUCUGACAGGGAACCUUCCUUCCCCCCAGCUUCCACACAAGAUACUGAUGGUGACAAGUCAAUGUCCAUGUUUGGAGAAAAUAAUCUGGAGAAUGUUGGAGGAGCAGAGUGUUCUGCCAGGGAGCCAACAUCCUCACUGGCUGAUCAGCCCGUCCGAACAGCAUUUUUUCCAGUCGUACUGACAGAGGAUGAUGGGGUACCUGGGGCACGUUUGCCUCGACAGCCAUUGGCGGCAAAUACAAAUAAAAUGCUGAAGCGUUGGUUGGAAUGCCGUGGUAAACCUACAGGAGGUCGGAGAGAGGAGUUACUUGAAAGGGUUGCUUUGCUGAAAGCUCUACCAAAUAGCCACAUCCUAGACGUCAAGGUUGACAAGGGGUAUUGGUAUGAACGCAAGUGUGAGACCCUAAGAGCUCAACAAGUACACCAGAUUGUAAAUAGCCAGGCACUUCCUUCCACACAAGUUCAUCAGUAUCCAACUGAAGGCUGGAAGCCUUUUCCCAGUGUUGACAUGCCUGUCAUGUUUAACUAUGGGCAUAUAUAUUUUUACCUAGUGGAGAGCAUUCCCUCUCUUCCACAGAGUGACGAAUCGGAUGAGGAUUGCGAAGAUAUCCCAGAAAGUAGCAGAAUUCAAGAUCCAUUUGAUGAUGAACACAAGAGUUUGCAGGAUGUGAAAACUUUGAGGAAAGGGCUGCGAUUCUUCAAGAGCAAGUAUGUAAGGAAUGUUCAUGAUGUUUGUGAAGCAGGAAGGACCUACUUUGUAAAAGCAGAAGUGAGAGCAUCAAUGGAAGCUGUCUGCCCCCUUAAGACCUUCUUAAAGAUCGCCUUUGAAGUGCCUUAA